AUAUUUAUGCUAGAAAACGACAAAGUACUAAGAAAAUCAUUUUUUGCAGUGUGAUUCCCAUUCAUUGCUUCAGAUGUGUUGUGACUCGACGAGAUGUUCCUGAUCUCAGAUCAGUCUCUUCUCUGACGGUGUCCACGGAGUGAGUGUGUAGAUGAUCCACCGUUCGCAUCUGUUUUUAGAUCUGAGCUCCUUAAAAAACCCCGCCGCUGAUAUUCUGAUAAACACACACCUGAUCGCCUUGAUCCCACACAUACGGUUAUAGCUGAACCUGACUAAUUAAAGAAGAAUCAGCUCUAAUCCACAAUCCUGAUUGGCUGUCCUGACGGUCAUUUAGGGGAUUGUAUAGCCUAAUUAGCAGUCUGCUCAUUAACAUAUACUGGAAUGUUCUCGUGUGUGUGUAUUGAAACACAUCUGUCUCUGCAACGUGUUUUUCAAUAGGAUCUGUAUGCAGAACAGAUUUAGGUGCAGAAUGAGAGUUCGUCUUAUGCUGCUUUCACGUGCGAUCAGGAUUUCACAUCCCUCUUCUGAAGUCAGAAUUAUGAGUUUGCGGUGUUCAAACGCUUGGUUCGCAGAGGAUGGCAGGUUCAUUCUUGCCCGUUUCUUGGUGAAAUCUUAUUAAAGCCAAAAUGCAUUGAAGAUAUUUGGUCAAUUUUGAGUAAAUGUUGCGUCCCAUUCGUCGACCAUCUAGAUGCUGAAGUUUCAGUCACUGUUUUUGCUUUGUAUACACACAAUGCAUCAAAUGGCUGUUUGUAUCUGUGACUACGUGACUGUAAAGCAAUGUAUAAGUUGUAGGGAAAACAAACAGCGAUAGUUCUCUCAUUUGCCAUGUUUUAAAUUCAUGGCACGUCCAACUCAUUAGAUAUCAAAAUUAGUUUCCCGAUACUGAACAUGACUUAAGAGGCUGUUCAUGUCCAAUUUCCCACACUCUCAGAAAUAAAGGCACAAAAGCUGUCAUUGGGGCGGUACCUUUUCAAAAGGUACACUUUUGUAUCUAUUAGGUUCAAAUAUGUGCACUUUAAGUACUAAUAUGUACCUUUAAGGUACCAAAAUGCACCCUUUAGGUACAAACAUGUAACUUUUGAAAAGGUACCUUUAUUUCUGAGAGUGUAUAAUGAAACUCAUAUUUAUGAUAAUUCUGAUAGCAUCAUUGGACUUUUAUCUUGAUCUUUGUGACAAAUAUAGAAAUGGACAUCAAACCAAAGAUGAUGCUGUAACCUCUGACCUUUCCUCUGGGUUAAAUGUUGCCUAACUCUAUGAAAACAGUUGAUUUAAUCUCUGAGCUGAGCAUUAACUCUAUUUUAAUUCUUGAGUCUUUGGAUCCUGCGGUGAGAAGAGACUCUUAAUCUAUCCUGACGUGAACCGGUUUAACUGAAGGAGCUCAUACACGACCUUCCUGAGGUGACGGCAGAAGUUAUGUGAAGAUAAUUUCACAUCUUUAUCAUGUUAAUGAAUGAUGGAUGACAGAAGUGAUAUGAGCUGGAGAAAGUUCAUGUUCAGAUGUUCUUCUACUGAUAGACUGAACAAAACACACACCGCCUGUUUCAUGGGUUUAUAUCUGUUUUGGAUCAGCAUAAUAGCUUUUUGAGCACAUUUGCACAUUUUAUUCCAUGAUAAUUUGAUGCACAGCAUUAAACACAUCCAUGUUUUCGAUGAACUCCGAGUUACUGAUGCUCAAACUAAAUGAGCUAAUACUGUAUGCUCUACUGAACACGGUCUUCAUUUAGAAUGACAUGAUUUCACACAUUAUUAUAAUCCAUAAAAAAAGAAGCACUUCAUAAUCUGAGUAAAAAUAUGUGUGUUGAGUGACACGUAACCUCUCAGUGUUUGUCCGCACACCUGUCCGGUUCACACACGUCCACCAAUCAGCGGACGGACCCUCGGCGUACAAGAACACAGCCCCUGGGCUUCUGCUUCUCUUCUCAGCGUGUGUCCAUGUUUCGAGUCCGCGUGAUGUUUCUCGCUGUGUUCUGUUUGUUGGUUGUGUGUGUGACCGCAGAUGAUAAAGAUGACUAAAGAAAUAAUGACGAGCAUCUCUGCUCAUGGCUGUUGCAGAGAGAACGGAUCCGUCCUCAGACUGAAGGAUGUUCCUGCGGCCGAAGCCUUCAUCGACUCCGUAGAAGUGGCUGUAAUCGGCUUCUUUGAGACUGAAGCUGCUCGCGGAUAUAAAGAGUUUAUGGCUGCUGUUAAACAGAUGGACAAACUUCCUGUUGCUCUGUGCAGUGAAAAGGAAGUUUGGGCCAAAUAUGGCAUCGCCUCCGACACCAUCUCCAUCUUCAGAAAGGCUGAUCUUCAUCAGGAACACCUGAAGCUCUCAGAGGCCAAGAAGAUUGAUGGCGAUGGACUCGUACGCUUCAUGACCAUCAAUAACAUUCUUUACGUCACAGAAUAUAAUCAAGCGACUGCAGCAGGCCUGUUCCAGUCUGUGGUGAAGACGCACCUGCUGCUGGUGGCUGAUAGAGGGCGCACUCACUCGGACCCGCUGCAGCAGGUUUUCAGAGACCUCGCGCCAAAAUACGCUGGCAAGAUGUUGUUUGUGCUGGUGAACGGAAGCGAGAAGUCAAACGCCCGCGUGCUGGAAUACUUCGGCCUGAAGUCACGUGAUCUGCCACGGAUUGGCAUUUACGAUGGCGUCUUAGACAAGAAGUGGCUCAUGCCGGCGGGAGAAAUCACUACUGAGCGCGUGCAGGACUUCUGUGACUCCUUCCUGGAUGGAGAACUGCAGAAGCAGAAAGAGGAGACACCCGAAGACAAGACUGAACUAUAACACCAUCCUCUUCCUCAU